GGACAUGGGAGGCGGCGGCGGCGGGAGGAAGGACCGGGGAGAGGGGCUCGGCCGCGCGCUGGUCAGGCAGCGGAACAAGGCCGCCGCCGCGGCCAAGGAGAGGGGCCACGCGCUCUCCCUCGCCCGCCGCGCGCGCCAGCCGCUUGAGUCCGUCAUCGAGGUCAGCGACAUCGACGCCGUGCUCCAGCGAGCCGCCGAGGCCGAUCUCCUCCUCGGCGGUGACGACGCCGACGAUGCUUCCCUCUCCGCUGCACCCGGCUCCGGGCUCAUCGAUCUGGAUGGGACGGUGGAAACGGAGGAGGAAAGGCGAUGGCUGCGGGAGGAGCAGGAGGCCCUUCACGCCGGCAGCCUCAAGGUGCCCCGCCGGCCGCCAUGGACUCCCCAGAUGACGGUGGAGGAGCUCGACGCCAACGAGAGACGUGCCUUCUUGGAGUGGCGGAGGAACCUCGCAAGAUUGGAAGAGAAUGAAAAACUCGUCCUUACCCCUUUUGAGAAGAACAUUGAUAUCUGGAGGCAGCUCUGGAGAGUACUUGAACGCAGUGAUCUGCUGGUCAUGGUAGUUGAUGCUCGAGAUCCCUUGUUCUACCGCUGCCCUGAUCUUGAGGUGUACGCACAGGAAAUUGAUGAACACAAGAGAACACUACUACUUGUAAACAAGGCUGAUCUUUUACCACUGAAUAUCAGACAGAGAUGGGCAGAGUACUUCAAGCAACAUGAUAUCCUCUAUCUAUUCUGGUCUGCCAAAGCUGCUACUGCUGACUUAGAGGGGAAAAAGUUGAGCAGUUAUUCCAUGGAAGACCAGAAUACACCAGAUCUUGACACAAAGAUAUAUGGCCGGGAUGAACUCUUGGUGAGAUUGCAGGGUGAAGCUGAGUAUAUUGUGGACCAAAAAGAAGCAUUAAGAGCUAGGGAGGAUCGUAAAUCUAGUCCUACUGAUUCUGUCUCAAUACGACCCAAGCAUGUGGUUGUUGGAUUUGUAGGUUAUCCAAACGUUGGGAAGAGUUCAACUAUCAAUGCUUUGGUAGGUCAGAAGAGAACCGGUGUAACCUCUACGCCUGGCAAGACCAAGCAUUUUCAGACACUGGUAAUCUCAGAAGAACUCAUCCUCUGUGACUGUCCAGGUCUGGUCUUCCCUUCCUUUUCAAGCUCAAGGCAUGAGAUGGUAGCCUGUGGUGUCUUGCCAAUUGAUAGGAUGACAAAGCACAGGGGUGCAAUCCAAGUUGUGGCAAACCGUGUGCCAAGAAGUGUUCUAGAACAGAUUUACAAAAUCACCCUGCCAAAGCCCAAGGAAUAUGAACAACCAUCCCGACCACCAACUGCCGCUGAGUUGUUGCGGGCGUACUGCACGUCUCGAGGGCAUGUCAGUCAUGCUGGGCUGCCUGAUGAAACUAGGGCUGCUCGACAGAUUCUGAAGGAUUAUUUAGAUGGAAAGAUUCCACACUUUGAGCUUCCUCCUAGUGAUACAGAUUCUGAAACUUACCUAGAGGAAACCACUGGCCUAGAAGGCUCGGAUACUGAAGUAGCUGCUACAACUGUUCAUUGCGCCUCUGAUGAACAGGAUGAGGAAAUCGGUCAAGCUGAUGCUAACAUUGGCCAUUUACUAAGUGAUCUUGAAUCUUUUAACCUGGGUAGUGGAGUGUCCAAGAAAUCUACAAAGAAGAAAGAGCCAUCCUACAAGCAUCACAAGAAACCCCAGAGGAAGAAGGAUCGUUCGUGGAGGGUUGGAAAUGAUGGGGCCGAUGGAUCUGGUGUUGUCAGGGUAUUUCAGAAACCUGCCGUCAAUCUUGCUACCGUCACAUGUUAGUGCUUUUUGCUGGAUUAUGUGCUACAUCGCUCCCUUUUUUGUAGCUUACGGUAAUUGAAGACAUCGUCUAAGUCAGACUGCAUAUAUUUCAUCAAAAAUAUUUAAUCCAUUUUGUUUCAUCUUCU